AUGGAGAACCAAGCUGUGUCUUCUGAAAGCUCUUCCUCACCCCAACCCGAAAACCGCAAAGACGGUACCGUGGCUGUGAAGGAGUCCAAGGAGAAGGCAACGGAAAACAACAACAAUCUGAGCGUAGGGUCUUCUCAGGAGGUUAUGUCUGAAAGGACUAGUGAGAACCCUAGUCCUGGAUCUGGUGCUGUCCGAACAGACGGUACCGUGGCUGUGAAGGAGUCCAAGGAGAAGGCAACGGAAAACAACAACAAUCUGAGCGUAGGGUCUUCUCAGGAGGUUAUGUCUGAAAGGACUAGUGAGAACCCUAGUCCUGGAUCUGGUGCUGUCCGAACAGGUACAUCGAUGACGAUGAUUUACCCAUCAAAGUCUAAUAGGAUCUACACUUGUCAGUUUUGCAGUAAAGGGUUCUCAACCACUCAAGCCCUAGGUGGUCACCAGAACGCGCACAAGCAAGAUCGUGAGUGGGAAAAGAAGAGGAAGGAGAUGGAGGAAGACUUCCCGGGACUCUCCUUUUUGAAUCCUUACAUAAACAAGCCACACUUGCUCCUAGGUGGGUAUUCAGAAGAUGCUUUAUCAAAUGAUAAUCAUCUUGGGAUCACUCUUGAACCUUACAGACGUAGAGGACACGGUGUUUACCCAACAUUCAGUGGCGGACACGGGAGGCCCAUGAACAUGACUGUUGUUCCUCGCAUGAAUCCUACUCGCUUCUUCACAGGGAACACUUUAACCUAUGGUUCUCCGUCUGCAGGGGGACGUGGGCCCAGACCCCCAUAUACCCCGAUACUCCCUAGGAAUGUUCCUCCUUCUUUUCCUCCUCGAAGCAGGAGUUUGUAUCCGCAAGAGAACCGUCUGAGCGAGGAGGAUCUCACCUUAAAGAUAGGCAAUGACAAGAUUGUGGUGAUUGAUGAUGAUGAUGAUCAGCCAGAAAAAGAGAACCCUAAAAACUGGGGCACUGAUUUGUCCCUUUGA